AUGUUUUUACUGUGCAGUUAAUUUAGACCAUUCAAAAUGAAUGAACAUCCUAAAAAGAGGAAAAGGAAGACUCUACACCCAUCUCGAUACUCAGAUUCUUCAGGUGCAAGCAAAUACAUAGACAACAGUGGAAUCUUUUCUGACCACUGCUAUAGUGUCUGUUCUAUGAAACAGCCAGAUAUAAGGUUUUCUGAAAACAGAGGUAGAUUCCACGGCCCUGCACAGAGCCUGGACACCGAUGAUGAUGGGAGCCCAGUACAUGCUGGGACUUCUCACUGGAGCGGGUCACAUUCCAGCGUUGUGGGGUUCCACUAUAUAGACCCUAAGAAGAGGGAUAAAGGUAGAGAUAAGGGUACUAACAAUGGAAUGUGCAGAGAUUUAUGUGAUUCGCCUAUAUUCAGUGACAGCCCUACAGAAGAAGAGAAACCUCUCGAUAUUCAGACUGUAGAAAUUUCUACAACAGAAGUGAAUGCCGUAGAAGUUCAUGACAUAGAAACACAAACUGUGUCACCUGAGAAGCUAGAAGCUGAGGACCUGGAGGAAAUCCCUCUGGAAACCUGUAAAAUCUUUGAGAAGAACCAGGCUUUGAAUAUCACAGCUCAACAGAAAUGGCCUUUGCUGAGAGCCAACAGCAGUGGCUUAUACAAGUGUGAGCUCUGUGACUUUAAUAGCAAGUACUUUUCUGAUUUAAAGCAGCACAUGAUCCUGAAGCAUAAGACGUGUACGGACACUCACGUCUGUAAAGUUUGUAAAGAAAGCUUCUCCAGCAAAGUGCAGCUCAUUGAACACGUAAAACUACACGAGGAGGAUCCGUACAUCUGUAAAUACUGUGAUUACAAAACAGUGAUAUUUGAGAAUCUGAGUCAGCACAUAGCAGACACUCACUUCAAUGACCACCUUUAUUGGUGUGAGCAGUGCGAUAUGCAGUUCUCGUCCAGCAGUGAGUUGUACCUGCACUUCCAGGAGCACAGCUGCGAUGAGCAGUAUUUGUGUCAGUUCUGUGAGCAUGAAACGAACGAUCCAGAAGAUCUGCAUAGCCAUGUGGUGAACGAGCACGCGUGUCGGCUGAUAGAGUUAAGCGACAGCUAUAACAACAAGGAGCGGGGACAGUACAGCCUCAUCAACAAAAUCAGUUUUGACAAGUGCAAAAACUUCUUUGUAUGCCAAGUGUGCGGCUUUAGGAGCAGGCUGCAUACCAACGUCAACAGGCACGUAGCUAUUGAACACACCAAAAUAUUCCCUCAUGUUUGUGAUGACUGUGGGAAGGGCUUUUCAGGUAUGUUGGAAUACUGCAAGCAUUUAAGCUCUCAUUUAUCUGAAGGGAUUUAUUUGUGUCAAUACUGUGAAUAUUCGACAGGACAGAUUGAAGACCUUAAAACUCAUUUGGAUUUCAGGCAUUCGGCAGACUUGCCUCAUAAAUGUACUGAUUGUUUAAUGAGGUUUGGAAAUGAAAAAGAUCUUUUAAGUCAUCUUCAGAUACAUGAGACAGUAUGAUUAUUUUCCUUCCCCUGUAAUCAAUUUGUUAGAAUUGGAAUUAAUUACCAAUCACUGAAACGUGGUAUUAAAUACAAUUUCAACAGCAA